ACAUUACUUCCUAAACAUGCUUAUCGAGAUUUGAUAUGGGAGUUGUAGUUUUCAGGUGUCAUAGAUGUGUUCUCUCUCUCUCUCUCUCGACUUGAGUCAAGUGCAUUUUUUUGAAAACUGUGUGAUAGUUGUUCUCGGCUUACUUAUACUUUCACACGGCUGAACAGCUGUGACAUACAUCACGUGGUGUCUCUUUUCAAAAACAGCAAACGCGAUUUGAAACUAGUUCAACUUGAGUCGUCUGUCUGCAGACGUGCGCUGGGCGCGCGUGUGGACGCGACAUGCGUGACGCGGGAGCUUGAGAACACAGAAUAAGGAUGUGUUAUGUAAUAUUGACGUCAAGCGAUUCGGCGAACAAAAGUUGACGACUAAUGCAACAAGUGAGAGGAACGUCGAGGGACACACGGGGGCCUGGCAGCGACGCGGAACUACAACUCCCACCAAUGAGCGGCCUCCUCUACAGUAAGCGGCGCAUUGGGUUCGCGCAUGCGCACCGGCGGGGAAAUGGAUAUCAAGUUGGGCAAAACAGCGGGUGAUAAAAUGCACAAGCUGAAGUCAUCGCAGAAGGACAAGGUUCGGCAGUUCAUGUCCUUCACGCAGGCCGGGGAGAGGACGGCCGUGUACUGCCUGACACAGAAUGACUGGAAACUAGAAGUCGCCACAGACAACUACUUCCAAAACCCGGACCUCUACUACAAAGAAUCCAUGAAAACCUCAGUGGACCGCAAGAAGCUGGAGCAGCUCUACAACAGAUACAAAGACCCCCAGGAUGAGCAUAAGAUAGGCAUCGACGGGAUCCAGCAGUUCUGCGAUGACCUGACCCUGGACCCGGCGAGCAUGAGCAUACUGGUGGUGGCGUGGAAGCUCAGGGCGGCCACGCAGUGCGAGUUCAGCAGGAAAGAGUUUGUGGACGGCAUGGCUGAGCUAGGCUGUGACAGUCCCGAAAAACUCAAAGCGAUCCUUCCCCGACUAGAGCAGGAGCUGAAAGACACGGGGAAGUUCAAAGACUUCUACCAGUUCACCUUCAAUUUUGCCAAGAACCCCGGCCAGAAAGGUUUAGACCUAGAGAUGGCCGUGGCUUACUGGAAUCUAGUUCUCACAGGUCGCUUCAAGUUCUUGGAUCUCUGGAACAGGUUCCUGCUGGAGCAUCACAAGCGGUCAAUACCCAAGGACACUUGGAACCUCCUCCUGGACUUUGGCAAUAUGAUUGCAGACGACAUGUCAAACUACGACGAGGAAGGGGCUUGGCCUGUCCUCAUAGACGACUUUGUGGAGUUUGCCCGGCCGAUCGUGACGGGGUGUAAACGCAACAUGACAUAAUGUUCGUCCCAGCUUCAUACAGAGUUUGUCUUUCUUCCAUUUUUUUUUUUAUGAGAAUUUUUAUACAAAUGAGCCAAAAAGAGACUACUUCUCAACAAGCUUGUCUGCAGCUUGUUGUUAGGAUUGUUCUUCCAACCGCAUAAGAUGCCUUGGUUUGGGGAGUGACCUGGAAAAACCCGUUCAGAGUGGAGAGCAGGAGGGAAAUCAACAGGAGAGGAGUUGUUUUUUUGUUUUGUUUUUGUUUGUUGUUCGUUGGCAAGGACAGACUCUGUGAUCGCAAUAUGGAAAUAAUGGGUACGCUAGAACUCGUCACUCGUGCGCGAUCAUCCCAGUUGGGUGCGGCUUCCAUACUGCUGCUGUGGACUUGAGCUCACUAAACCUGCACCCUUGGCACAGUGAGGAGGGACGGUCAAAGCGAGCUCUCAGCACAUGCAGAGGAUCGAGACGAAGAUGCAGUAGGACGUGACCUCUUACCUUGUAAAUUGUGAAUGGAACCGUGUCUUAACAUCUGCAUGUUUUCGUCAGCUCGUGUGAAGCGGUGCCGUGGACGCGGAGGAGGGGGAAAAAAAGAUCUACAUUAUUCUCACUGAGAUUGUGAAUGAAUAGUUCUCGAACAAUCACAGAGAAGAGUGGAGAAAGUGUGUGUGUGAGCGUGUAUUUGUGGGUUUUGUGUGUGUGUGUGUGUUUGUGUGGGGGGGGUUGGUUUAAAUAUAUAGCCUCUUUUACAAAACCAGGCUAAAUAUUAUUCUUUUAGUUUUUAUUAAUAUAAGAAUUCAAGCGACACAAACUGACGGCGAAAAAAAAAGUUCAGAGUGGCGUUUUGUAUUCAGACAGAUUUGGACAGAGCAGCAUGCUUUUCGGGCUCAGCACCAGCAGAAGUGCUCUUGCUACAGUGUGUAACAACACUGUACUCUUAGAAAUAAGAAUAGGUUCUAUUUUAGAAGAGCAAAAAUGUAUAUCUACGAAAAACAGGCAAUGAGAUUUAUAAAUCGUGAUUAGAACAUAAGCAUUUACAGUAGGAUCCUCGUGUAUAAAAUGCUGUUGCGUCACAUUUCGUUGGUUCCUUUAGUGUUGCAGGGUGUAAACUGCUGUACUCAAAGAGAAACUGACUGGCACAUUGACUGUUUUAUUAUAUUACUAUUAUCCAGGUGAUGACAACGACGACUUGCCAACUCUGCAAACUGCACUGAUUUACACUUUUUCUGUUGUUUUUAGGAUUAUAUUUUAAAUAUCAGGCAGCACGUGUACAGCUACAAAGGCUACUGAGUUUACAUGACAGUAGGUUUCACUAACACACACACACUAGACCUUUUAAAAUUGAACAUCUACACAUCCAGCCAAAAGUAUUUUCACUGUUUGUUUACACAGCUUGAGGUUUUAGUCUGUUGCUUUUCACGUAUUAGCAACUGCGGGGUAACGGCGGCACAUUAAAAGUACCGUAGAACUACAACAGAGAAAAAAAAACGUGUCACCCUUUAAGAACACUGCUCGUCCUGAUGGGAGGACCCAGCCACAUAGUAUUUCUCCGUGUACCACAGUCCUGUGCUACAUUAUCGUAUUAUAAUAUAGAUGUGGGCACAACAACUGUGAGAGAAGCCCGACAUCCAGCUGUGGUGAUUUUGAGCCAUUGCUUUUCCUACAUAUGAGAUUUGGUGUUGCUUUCAUUGUUGUUAAUGUCGUCCCCCUUUCCCAGAUAAAGAGUGUGACAGAAGUGUCAGAGCUCAGGUACCAGGCGGCCUCCUGUACUUAACAUGAGUGGCAAGCCAAUUCUCGUCACAUGAUACAACCUUUUGCCAUGUGAAAUAAAGAUGAAUUAAUUCCCUCUAACUGCAGGGGAUUAAAUCAUUUCUUUUUGUUAGGUUUCAAAUUCUCAUAUUUAUGUAGACAAGUAAGUGUAAGUCAUGGAAGAGAUGAAUGUAGCCUUUAAGAAGCUGAUAAAAACAGGAUGGAAGUUGACCAGGGAUUUCUGUCCUGGACUGAAUGUGGCUGAACAGUAAAACAGAAAUCGGCUUCAUGACGACUGUAAAACAGAAAUGUGUUGCUUCAAUGAAAUGUGUUAUAAACUGUCAGUACUGUUAAACGUGUGUGUGUGUGUGUGUGUGUGUGUAAAACUAUCACGGUCGGCACGGGGAGAAGGUGUGAAAGUUUUUUCCCCGUCGUCGAUCAUUGUUGACUUUUACAACCUGACGUUGUUUGUGGUUCAGGAGCAAGAAAAUGUGACAUCUUUCAGUAUUCAUCGCUAACAUGGUACGUUAGGUUACGUGUUUAUUUGUCAAACGUGUGACCGACUGUUUCUGGUCAUGCGGACGAUUGUUAUCAAAACAGUAUUAUUUUUGCCACCGAGGACACUGAUAUUUAGAGAAUAUUAUGUUUUGUCACAGAAGCAUUGUUUUCUUUAAGAAAGUUGUCAAUAAAGCAUGUUGUUUUUAA